AUGGAUGAAUCGACAUUUUGCACUCAACACUGUCUAACAUGUAUAAAAGCAGGCUGUGUGGAAGCCACGGAGCAGUGCACGGUCGCGCGGUGCCCCAACGAAUGUGGUGCUCAAAUGCAUCGAUGUAAAAUGGACGAACAUGUCGAACUAAUUUGUCCAAGAACCAAGACUUUCUGCAUAAACAGGACAAAUGGGUGUCAGGCUAGGAUGGAACGACAGAAAUUGUCUCAGCACCUGAUCGUCUGUCCAGCUAGUGUAAUCUAUUGCGCUAUCAGGUGUUGCAUACGACCGAAAGAUUAUGGUGUGCGGGAAGAAACAACUCAUAUACAUGUCGGAAGCAAACGCAAUGUGAGCCCCUUUGUCCCACCGUUUUCACCGGCACCUCAAAUUUCCUGCAAUGUGGAUGGAGAUCAUCGAUCGGAAUAUUUAAAGGAGCCUCAAGAAAGAGAAAAGGAACUGGAGGCAUUCAAAGAAGCUCCAUUGACAGAUAAACUAGCAACUUUACAGUUUGUAGAUAGGUGUUCUUCCGUUCUGGACACAGAUGGACCGACUCAGUAUAGGUGUGGUAAGGUGGUACCCAGAUCGAACUAUCAGUCUCACCAACAGUUUCAUCACGAUGUCCUAACACAACUGGAUAUAAUGAUAGAACAAAAGUGCCCGUUGUAUGCUUAUGGUUGUCCAUUUAUCGUCAACAGACUCAGACCAAACCACCAUAUAGGAAGACUUUCAUACAGUCCGACACUGAAUCGUUUUGUCAUCGGACAGUAUGACUUCGUGAAGACACCCAUUACCAUUGACAAAGCUUUUGAAAAGGAAUCGUCAGCGAACAAAUCGAAUGGGUGGCCCAGAUCUGGGUUUCCAGAUAACCUACCAAUAGAACUAGUGGAUUAUUUGACGCGAUUCCUAGACGACAUGACGUUGGUGUGCUUGAAUCAAGUUUCGUGUCGGUUAAACGAAAUCACACGAAGCGCAAUAGCCAACCGACUGAUUGUAACUCCGAAAUGGCAUCGGGUUAUUUACAGACCAAGUGGUACGGCAAGCUGGAGGGUCAAGAAACUGAAGUGGGCGCUUCCAGAACGAACACCAUCUGUGACGCGCUGGUGUUACGGGCAGGCCAGCGCUGAGAUGGCUAGACACCUGGACCACUGUCCGUACAAUAUUCGAGCACAACAUAGUAACAGAUUCGUGGUACAAGCUGGUGAACAUCCAAAAGUUCAGCCUUUGCAAUAA